AUGAUCACUAAAAUCUUCUAUUCUCCUUGCACUUUCGAUUUGAUCGAAAAGAAACCCGGAAAUGACCCAUAUAUAUUCGUACUCUAUUAUCGGCACCUAUCGGAUUACGUUAAAAAGCAAAACAUUCGUUUCUAUUAUCAACUGAAAGAGUAUCCAAGUCUAAUUUCCCUGACAAGUAUGUCAUCGCAUGAUUACGAAGGGGAACAAGCGAAAGAGCCUACAGAUGAUGAGAAAAUCUACCAACAAGAGCUCGAAUGUGCGAAACUCGUAAUCUACGAUAAUGAUGAGUGUGAAUUUGUUGAAGAUUGUGAAGGGAAAACAAUUAAGUUAUUCUAUAUAGACGGAGUGCCACAGGAAACAGUAUUUCACAGUACUUUGCAUAAUGAUGCCAGGACAUUUACAGCAAAUGCUGAUGAUGUAUGGGUCAUGUCCUGGCCAAGAUCAGGGUCACACUGGGUCUGGGAGAUCACUCAGCGAUUAUUACAUGGUAUUGAUAGCUUUGUCGGACCCUUACAGAAAGAGCUGAGUGUUUUUGCCCUGAAUACCGUUGGCAUGAAAGACAUUCGUCGGCCAAGAGUUAUAUCAUGUCAUCUUGGGCGUGAGUUUGCUCCAGUGGACAUCUUUAAGAAGGGGUCUAAGAUGAUCUACCUUGUAAGGGACCCAAGGGAUGCAAUGGUGUCUUGGUACAAGUUUAUACAGAGACAUGAUGGCUUUAAGUAUGAUGGCACCUGGAAUGGUUUCCUUUCACUUUACUUUCAAGAUAAAAUACCAAGAGGCACAUGGGAGAAACAUACUAAAGGUUGGCUACAAGAAUCGAGGAACAACAAAAACAUAUUUUUCCUGAAGUAUGAAGGCUUAAGACAUGAUCCUUUAAAAUGGAUCAAGGAGAUUGCAUUGUUUCUUAGACCAGGCGAGACAUACAGCGAGACAGAACUUAUGAGGCUUAAAGAGAAGACAGAUCUUUCUACAAUGCGGAAAAAUAAUGCUACAUACGAGCCUUACCACAAAGAAGGUGGACUGGGCACUCAAUAUGAUAAAGGAAGAAUAGGAACAUGGAAAGACUGGUUCACAGUUGCACAAUUAGAAGACUACAAGAGACACUACCAUCAAUACAUGGAUGACGUGGAUAAUUCUGAUUUGGGAUAUAUACAGUAA